AUGAAGGAUCGGACUCAGGAGCUGCGGAGUGCGAAAGACAGUGAUGAUGAAGAGGAGGUGGUCCAUGUGGAUCGGGACCACUUCAUGGAUGAGUUCUUUGAACAGGUGGAAGAGAUCCGGGGCUGCAUUGAGAAGCUGUCAGAGGAUGUGGAGCAAGUGAAAAAACAGCACAGUGCCAUCCUGGCCGCCCCCAACCCAGAUGAGAAGACCAAACAGGAGCUGGAGGACCUCACCGCAGACAUCAAGAAGACUGCCAACAAGGUUCGGUCCAAGUUGAAAGCGAUCGAGCAAAGCAUUGAACAAGAGGAGGGGCUGAACCGUUCCUCCGCGGACCUGCGCAUCCGCAAGACCCAGCACUCCACACUCUCCCGGAAGUUCGUGGAAGUAAUGACCGAAUAUAAUGCGACCCAGUCCAAGUACCGGGACCGCUGCAAGGACCGGAUCCAGCGGCAGCUGGAGAUCACUGGAAGGACCACGACGAACGAAGAACUGGAAGACAUGCUGGAGAGCGGGAAGUUGGCCAUCUUCACCGAUGAUAUCAAAAUGGACUCGCAGAUGACAAAGCAGGCACUGAAUGAGAUCGAGACGAGGCACAACGAGAUCAUCAAACUGGAAACCAGCAUCCGAGAGCUGCAUGACAUGUUUGUGGACAUGGCCAUGCUCGUGGAAAGCCAGGGUGAGAUGAUUGACCGCAUUGAGUACAACGUGGAACAUUCCGUGGACUAUGUGGAGCGAGCUGUGUCUGACACCAAGAAAGCUGUGAAAUAUCAGAGCAAGGCCCGGAGGCCUUGGGGCCACAAGAACAAGGGUGGAGCCACGGCUGGAAUGAUGCUGUUGCCUCCUUGAGUGGUAUUAGGCCCAUAGCUGUCCAUUCCUGGGUCUCCAUUGGACCAGAGGAUCCCCGAGGGUCUGCUGUGCCCCACCUUCUGCAAGUCCCACAGGUCAUAUGAUGUGUUUGCUUGUUGGCUGCCGUGUCUGUACGUGUCCUGGAAUGUUGUCUGGGGGCUGGUGGCUUUUGCAUGUUCUUGGACGAGUGUGCUGCUCACCCUCCGUGCACCUACAACCUCCAAGCCCAUGUGUGCCCUGUGGGUGGUCCUGGGCCUGGCCAGGGCUCGCUGCUUCCCCGUCCCCUUUCUCCCUAGCCCCGCCUCUCAUGAAGCACACUGCGUGUCCAUCCCAUGUGCCUGUGGGUCGAUGCACGCUCUUGCCACGCCCUGAGCGUGUGUACAUGAUGUGUUCUAUGCAUUCACCCUGUCCCCCCAGCCUGCCCCGCAGAGGACAAGAUGGGUGGCGCCCGGCUCCCUUCUUCCCCCUACCGCCCCCUUCCCGCUGUGCAGCCGUGUGCGUUGGCGUGUGUUUCCGUGUCGCUGGCGUGUCACGUGAUGUAGCCGUGUUUGCUGACAUGAGCCCUUGCCCCUCCUGUUUCUCCGUUGGUUUCUAGAGCUCUUUCCCUUUCCUCCCCAGAGGGGACAGGACUCCUGGGGCCUGGCUGGGGGCUCAGAGCCAGGCCACCCUCUCCUGUUAGCCCUCAGAGUCCCAUUUCUCUCUAUUGGUGACCAAGUUGCAAAUGGAU